UUUAUAUUUUAUUUACAUCUAUUUGCAUCAUUACUUAUUUGUAAUGGGAACUGAAAAAAGUGUAUCAUCUGAUACCUUGGAGAGCUUAAAUUUAUCUUCAUUACAAAUUGAUGAUAAUCAUACAAAAAAAUCUUCAGAAAUAAAUAGUACUAAUGUUAACCUCAAUAAAAUUCAAAAGUGUAUUUGUCAUCAACAUGCUUUUGGUAUGAAAUUUAUUCCUUGUUCGAUGAUAAACUUUGAUACAAAUCAUCUCUCUUCAUGUUUUUGUGAACAAGCUCAACUACAUGGAGAAUAUAUUGAAAAAUCAAUAGAAAAUGAAAACACCAAAAAUAAAUGGCAACAUUUUAAUUACAAAUGGCCUCGACAAAGUUUUGGAAAGAAAAAAGAUAUGAAAAAAUUAUAUGAUGUCAGGGCAAAAAACGGAAAAAAUUAUCAUAAUGAAAAGCCUUUAACAUGUUGUGAGAUAUUAGAAGGUAUACAUCCUAAAAGAAGCAGCGGAUUAAAAAAUGUAGUAGAAAAUCCCAUUAAGCAUAAGUCCAAUUCGGAAUCAGGAAAUGAUGUUGCAGAGAAAAUUGAAAUUUAUUAUUUCGAUCAUGGGAAUUCUGCAUACUAUCACACUACUGACAUAGCACCGAUUUUGAAAACAGAAAAGGUUGCUGAAAAAACAAAUUUAAAAAUCACUAGAAUAUUGGCUGAAAUAUUUGGCCUUUUUCAUUUAAUAGCUUCCAUUCUUACAACAAGCAUUUUGCAAUCUUUACGAUUUAUACUUUUUAGUUUUGUAAGGCCUUUAACUAUUGGUGUAAUCCAACUAAUAGCAGACUAUUUUAUAAAACCUCUACUGUCUAUAACUUUCAAUGCUCUUAUACAGCCAAUUCUCAUUUUACUUUAUAAUACAGCAACUUCAAUACGAGAUUGUUGCGAGCCUCUGGCAACAACAUUUGGUUUUUUUAUAAAAGAAAUUGCAACGCUAAUCGGAUCUUUUAAAUUAAUUGAAAUAACUCAUAAUUACAAAAGUAAUUCUAAUACAUGA